UACACACAUAACCUCACAUAAACAUGGCUCAUCUAGUAAAAAUCCUUCCGGAGAAUUUGGUGAAAUUCUCAGCAUUUCCACGGCGAUUCGCGCACACAGUGCAACCAGUGAAGCUCACGUACGAUGAGUACCUGCCGAAGGAUCAAACGACACCAGGAGGUGCUCCUGUACUCAUAAUGCACGGACUUUUUGGUUCCCGGCAAAACUGGAGGGGAAUCAGCAAAAGACUCACGCAGGUUUUGAAGCCCGGAAGGAGGAUUCUCUCACUGGAUGCGCGGAAUCAUGGACAGAGCCCUCACACACACGAACACACCUACCAGCAUAUGGCAGAAGAUGUCCGGGAAGUGAUUCGAGGUAUUCCGGAAGCUGAAAAAGUUAUCCUGAUGGGACACAGCAUGGGUGGACGGUGUAUGAUGUACUUUGCUCUUGAAUAUCCAGAGCUUGUGGAAUCUGCAAUAAUUGUGGACAUCUCUCCCUUUUCCAAUGCUCACUUUGUUGGGAAUUUAAAUGACAUGAAGGAACUCCUGAAAACCCUGCAGAACAUCUCAAUUGAUCCAAAACUCACGCCCUCGGCUGCCCGGAAGGUGGCUGAUACGAAAAUCAGUGGGAUUAUGAGGGAAAAAGCAACGAGGGAUUUUAUUUUACUAAAUUUAUACAAAAAUGACGAUUCCAGUUUGGAUUUCUACAUCACAUCGGACACAGGAAAUGCAGACCACUGGAAGUAUUCAGUGGCCUAUAAGGAAAAACUAGCUUACUGGCCGCAUUGGCAAAACCACGGUGAGGCUCAAAUAAGUGUGAAGAAGCUACCACAAUCGAAAGGAGGUCAUCUCUCCGUUGAUUCUACGCACCGUACGUGCUUCCUCUACGGCCUAUACUGCUUACGAGCCGAAGGAAGCUUUAGCUUUUCCCCCAAUCCCACUGGAGGGACUCAUGUGGUGGAGACCGUGCAUUUCCAGUGCCCCCCAUUCCUGGGCAGAUUCUGCCGUGCCGAAGUGCAAUUCCAGCGCAAUGCCAUUAUGAACAACUUAUCUUAUCAAUUCAAUCGUCAUUUGCUGUGAAAAGCCCCAAAAAUGCUGUACAAAAUAGCCGGGGAAAAUUUCAAUUAUUUAAUUUUCCCCAAAAUGCGGCCUCAUCUACAUCAUUUGUGGUGAGAAUUAAAAUAAAUUGUUUUAAAUGAGAGAAGCCAAAAUAAACCAACAAAGAAUGCCGCCAGAGGUAUUUGUUUUAUAUAAAGGUAAUUAAAAUAAUUCGUGAUUAUAGUUUAUAUUAUUUUCAAAACUGGUACAUAACAUAGGAAUAUAGGGUCAGUUAUACAAAAUAUGAAAUCAUAAAUUUUUGCAAAAUUAUUUUUAAUUUUAAUCGAUUUAUUCAUUUAAAUUGUUUUUUUUUAAUAAAUUUUAGUAUUUUUUGCAUCUAUAUUUCAAAGUAUAAAGUAGGUAUUCAAAGUAUUUCAGGAAGUUCUAAUUAAAUUUUCGCACAAAAACUGUUCUAAAAGAAAUAUUUUUAUAAAGAAAAGAGCAUUUUUGUAAAAAUACCUAAUAAAUAAAAUAUAUUUCUGCAAAA